CGCUGACAGCGAGUCGUCAGCGACGUGGUGGCGACGUCAGCUGAUUAUUUCUAUUUCCUUAUUUCUAUUUCUUACCCGUUUUGUAGUUUAUAAAUUUAUAAAAACAACGAAUUUAGAAUGUAGUUUUCUGUAGGUAGGAACCAUAAACAUAAAAAUCAUAUUAUUUGAUUUUGCUUUUUGGAUGUAAACGUAAAACUGAAAUACCUCUACAAUAACGAUCUAUUUAUACAUAAAUUUAUUUUAAAAAUCAAAUAUGGAAAUAAAUCGAGAAGCUAGUGAAAAAACUGUUGAAAUAAAAGUAGAAAACGAAGACACCUGUGUUGGUCCCUUGGAUGCUUUCAAAAUUGAAAUUACAGAAGAACCCAAGAGAGAACCCAGAGAACCCGCAUACGAGGCAUUUGGUUCUUUAGACUCAAAUAAAUUUCUGUUAAACACUGAAGUAAAACAAGACGAAUAUAAAUUUGCACCAUUUCAAGAAAAGCAAAGAACAGAUGAAGAAAGUUGUGCCGAGGAAGAGAACAUAUUGAAAAUAAUUGAACCAUUACGUUCGUCUCAUAAAGGAAAGUAUACAGGUCAUCACAUUGAAGGAAAAAUAUUAAAUAAAAAUGUGAAUGUUGAGACUGGACAGAGACCUUAUAAAUGUGAAAUUUGUUUCAAGCAAUUUACUGCAAAAAGUAGUUUGAAAACACAUUUGAGAGUGCACACUGGAGAAAAACCGCAUAAGUGUGAAAUUUGUUCAAAGCGAUUUAUUACAACGAGUGAUUUGAAAAAACAUUUGAAAACGCACACUGGAGAAAAACCUUACAAGUGUGAAAUUUGUUUUAAACAGUUUAGCGAAGCCGGUAGUUUGAAAACACAUUUGAGAUUGCACAGUAGAGAAAAACCGUACAAGUGUGAAACUUGUUUAAAGCAGUUUACUACGACAAGUUCGUUCAAAAGACAUUUGAGAGUGCACACUGGAGAAAAACCGCCCAAAUGUGAAAUUUGUUUUAAACAGUUUUCUACAGCAGGUAGUUUGAAAAAUCAUUUGAGAGUCCACACUAGCGAAAAACCUUACAGAUGUGAAACUUGUUUUAAACGGUUUAGUGAAGCAGGUAAUCUCGGAAAACAUUUGAGAGUACACACUGGAGAAAAACCGCACAAAUGUGAAAUUUGUUCAAAGCAAUUUAUUACAACAAGUGAUUUGAAAAGACAUUUGAAAACGCACACUGGAGAAAAACCUCACAAGUGUGAAAUUUGUUUUAAACAGUUUAGCGAAGCCAGUAGUUUGAAAACACAUUUGAGAUUGCACAGUAGAGAAAAACCUUACAAGUGUCAAACUUGUUUUAAACAGUUUGGUCAAGCAGGUGCUUUGAAUACACAUCGGAGAGUACACACUGGAGAGCAACCUUACAAGUGUGCGGUUUGUUUUAAAUGUUUAAGUACAGCAGAUAAUUUAAAAAUACAUUUGAGAUUGCACAGUGGGGAAAAACCUCACCAGUGCGCUAUUUGUUUAAAGCAAUUUACUGCAAAGAGGAAUUUGAAAGUACACUUAAGAGUGCACACUGGAGAAAAACCUCACAAGUGUGAAAUUUGUCUUGAGCAAUUUAGUCAAACAAGUUCUUUGAAAACACAUUUGAAAGUGCACACGGAAGAAAAACCGCUUAAAUGUGAAAUUUGUUUAAACCAGUUUUCUACAGUACGUAGUUUGAAAAUUCAUUUAAGGGUCCACACUGACACUGGAGUUAAACUUUAAGAGUGUGAAAUUUGUUUAAUACCCGCUUUAUAUCAACAAGAAAUUGACAAAGUUAUUCAAGGCCAAAUUUGACGUGUACAAAAUGUAUGGUUUGUGGUACAAAACACAAUUUGACAUCCAAUUUUACCCACAGAUCACCUAAAGUGUUCUGUAACUUUAAUGUGGAUCAAAAGAAAAUGAAGGAAUUUGAUGAAAUAUAACAAUCGGAAAAGCUAGAUCAAUCUUCAACCGUGUGGGGGCGUUCUUCAAGAGCCACAACCUUUCUCUUGGUAUAAAAGUAAGAAUGCUGAGAUGUUACGUCUUCUCUGUCCUUUUUUAUGGUGUUGAGUCAUGGACCUUGAACGAGGAUAUGUGCCGAAAAUUGGAAGCAUUUGAGAUAUGGCUAUAUCGGAGAAUUCUUAAAAUCCCAUGGACUGAUCGGAUCACAAAUGAGGAGGUUCUUAGAAAAAUGGGGAAGAACCGAGAAGUACUCUAACCACCAUCAAAUCUCGAAAGUUGGAAUAUUUUGGACAUAUUAUGCGAAAUGAAUCCAGAUAUGCCCUCCUACAAGCCAUCAUGCAAGGAAAAAUAUUUGGAAAGCGAGGUCCAGGAAGAAGAAGAACACAGGGGCGGCCCGUCGGGGUAGGCAAGGUAGGCGCCGCCUACCCUCUUCAAAUGUAGUACAAUAAUAUAAAUUAUUAAUAUAAAUUACUUAUUUCAAAAUUGUAAUUUAUAAAUUUUGACACAAUACCUACAAUAAAAUAGCAAAAAUUA